AUGAAGAUGAGGAUCGAAGACGACGGCGACGACGAAGACGAGCAGGACAAGGACAAAGCGGCGAGUGAGAGGGAGAGAAAAGGAUUCGAAGAGAGAUCAGCAUGCAGACGUCGAACAGAGACUACUUCUUUCAGACUACUUAGUGAUGGGAGACUGACUGGCUGCAGGGCACAGCUGGAGAAUGCUGAGAGGAAGCGAGAAAAGUCCAAGAACUCAAAUGGAAGCCCCAUCAAGCUGCAGAGCAAGAUACUUGCUAUAGCAGCGGAUCCUACGAGGAGUGAUGCGGUCUUUCUCGCAGAGAGCGCUGGGACUGCCAGGCAGCUUAUCCUAGAAGUAGGCUGCUGGGACAAGUGCAUCUGGAGUUGGGACGUGAAGACCCGUAAGCCUGGCCACAAAUUCACGGGCCACACAGACUUUGUUAAGGCAGUGGUCUAUGUCCAUGCCGAUGGUCGCAGCCUGCUCAUCUCAGGAGGCGCCGACGCAGAGGUCAUUAUCUGGGAUGCCACUGCCGGAACCAGACUUCACGUUUUGAAGGGCCAUACCCACGGAAUUCAGUGUCUGGCAGUCGACCCGAUUGCGAGGACAGAAGGCAACCCGCUCACCGUAUUCAGCUCAUCCAGCGGGCAGGGGAUUCAUUCUUUCACCGUUCCUGCAAACCUGAGUGAUGCGGUUCUCUCGGAUCCCUUCAAGGUGCAUGAAACGAGUAUUUACAAAAUAUUCUUCGACGAGGAUGGAGACCUCUGGACAGCUUCGGCUGAUAAUAUAGCCCGGUGUCUCACCCGCCAGAGUGGAUGGAAAUCCGAAACGGCGCUGGAACAUCCAGACUAUGUCAAAGAUAUCGUGGUGGAUGAGGCCAGAGGGUGGGUCAUCACGGCCUGUCGAGAUGAAGAGGUUCGAGUGUGGGAUCGAGCGACCGGCGAACUGCACCACACCUACUCGGGCCACUUUGAAGAAGUGACUGGGUUGCUUAUCGUGGGCUCAAAGGUGGUCAGCGUCAGCAUCGAUGCUACUGUCCGCCAAUGGCCUCUUGAUCCAAGGGAGAUACAGCUCGCAAAGGCUGCAGAGAAGCAGAAGCCACCAGCCGUCCCGGAACCUGCUCCGGAGUCCAUGCUGACAGAGGAGGAAGAGCGGGAACUCGACGAACUGCUCAACGACAGCAGCUAG